CACAUCCCUAAAAAUUGAUCGAUGUAUCGAUAGCUUGCCAAAUCAAUAUAGUGCAAUUUGUUCACAUCCCCAGAUAAACUAAAAAAAAGAUUGAUUAAUUCCAAAGAAGACGCGAGACGGUGGCAAAAAAAACCGAGACAUGUCCAAUGAAAAGGAGGACGAGUGUGACAAGCACAAGCGGCAGGCGGAGGCGGAUGCCAAGUCGACGUCUAGCGAGGAUUCGGACGAGUAUCAGUCGGCCGGUGAGGGCGAGGAUGGAGAUGGUGAUGGUGAUUCCCCAGCGGAGCACCCUGCCCAGCCUAAAGUCACCACGCCCACGCCAACCACCCCCGCCGCCGUCACGCCCACGGUUAAGGCAGCUCCUCUCACACUGCCCACUUGGGAGCCCCUGGACUAUCCAAUGCACCAGAGCGUUUUCGAGGACGACAUCAAAUCGCUGCAGCGCCGCCUCCUUUUAAGCACGGCCCAGGAAGAAGUGGGCCGCAAGGACAAGCACGGUAACACGCCACUCCACCUGGCCGUAAUGCUGGGCCGAAAGCACGCCGUGCGCCUGCUCCUCGCCCAGAACGCGCCCGUGAAGAUCAAGAACAACGAGGGCUGGUCCCCGCUCUCGGAGGCCAUCAGCUACGGCGACCGCCAGACAAUCACUCAGGUGCUGCGCAUGCUCAAGCUGCAGUCGCGCGAACACAUGGAAAGCCGACGCGAGAAGCUGGUCAAUGCGCUCCGCCAGAUGCAGGACUUCUACAUGGAGUUCAAGUGGGACUUUCAGUCCUGGCUGCCGCUCGUCUCCCGCAUCCUGCCCUCGGACAUCUGCCGGCUGUACAAGUCGGGCGCCUCUAUCCGGCUGGACACAACGCUGGUCGACUUCAAUGACAUGCGGUGGGAGCGCGGGGACAUAUCGUUCCUGUUUCGCGGCGAGGCACCGCCCAGGGAAUCACUUGUGCUGCUGGACAACGAGCAGGAGUGCUUCCAGCGGCUGCGCUACGAAGAGUCCGAUAUGGAGGACGAGGUGGACGUACUCAUGUCCACCGAUAUCCUGGCCACACAGAUGUCCACCAAGACGAUACAGUUCGCCCGGGCGCAGCGUGGCUGGAUAUUCCGGGCCAAUCGCAAGGAGCUGAUUGGCGGGCAGUAUCAGUGUGAGAUUUACACCAUCCAGGGCCUGAUCCUGAAGCAGCGAAAGCGGCGUGAGCAUCUGUCGCACGAGGAUCUGCAGAAAAACCGAGCCAUUGUCGAGACAAUCACCAAGGGUGGCAAUCAGCCGCCGACGGAUACUCGGCGCUCCAGCUUGGGCAGCCAGCACACGGCCACUCCACCGGAGACCAAUACGCCGACAGCGCCGAAUGGCAUCACAUUGCCGGAGCUGCCGCGCCGUAGUUCGCUGCAGGCUCCGCCGGCCCCCACCGUGACCUGGCGGCAGUACCUCGACGCGGAGGUGGGCAAGUGCCCCCAACUGGGCCGUCCGCCCGUCCACAAACAGUCGAACAAGACGCUCCGGGCCACGGUGGCCAUGAGUAAGGACUUUCCGCUCAGCGUGGACAUGCUGCUGGACGUCCUGGAGGUGGUGGCGCCCCUCAAACACAUCAACAAGCUACGCGAGUUCGUCACGCUCAAGUUGCCGACCGGGUUUCCGGUGAAGAUCGAGAUACCUGUGCUGCACACGGUCACCGCCAAGGUUACGUUCCAGAAGUUCGAGUUCCGCGACAACAUCCCCGCCAAGAUGUUCGAAGUGCCGUCGCACUACUGGGAGGAUGUGCGUCGCUUCCAGGACUUAUGACCAGGCGACGGAGAAACCGCGCCAAAGGCUAAGGCCUCCGGAUCGACCGGUGGAUCAGCGCCUGGCGUCCGGGUCGAUUUGAAUCGCAAUGCGCCGCCGUCCUCAAUUGCGGAAUUCGAUUGAAGGAGCGGCGCCUGCCCCCACCCUAUCCUGCCCAGAUAUCGUCUCGUGUUUCGUGGACCUGCCAGCAAAAGCCGGAGGAUAACGCGCAAACGGGCGGCAUGUUUAUGUAUGUAUGCUUAAGAGAAAACCACCCACACAAAAUUGCAAUUUUCACCUUUUAGAGGAAUGUAUUUAUUAGCAACAAAAUGGCUUAAGCUAAUAUUUUGUGUCUUGGUACAGUCGUUUAAUUUUAAAUGUGACGCUCCGAAAAUUGCAAUUUUACAUUAAGGUUUUGUUAUGUACUGUAUUUGUUUGUAAUUAGACCCCCUUUCCCAAAAGGGGUAUUAUUUCGUAGUUUAUUUAUUGUUAGAUGCAACAACAUUCUGCCCAGGCUCGCAACUUGUUCAUAACCCGAGUGUGAAUCACUUCGGAGUAAUUGGUGUUUUUGAGAUUAUCACCUUAUGUAGGGUGGGGUCUCAAAAAACAGCUGCUCUACCAGAAAAUUCUAUUCCCGAAAUAGCCUUUUCCUAUCUCCAGCCAAUCGUGGUGGUAAAAAGGUAAAAUGAAUUGGCUAAUAGCCACGAUCCAUCCUACGUAAUCAAAAGGUAGUUAGUGAGUAAUGAUCAGGUGUUGCCCACACACACGCCACUUAUCAUUUUAUUUAUGUCCACAUCCCUUUCCGUGUUUAGUGCAAUUUCAUACGUAGAUUUAAGGUAAAAGCUAAGGGAGGCGGAAGUUUAUUUUCGGUCCUUUCCAAAAAAAAGUCUGCAUAACCCAUUUGAGUUCUUUUUUACUUAGGCUAUGUGUAGUAGAGAAAAUCGGCCGCAAAACAAUUUCCUACGCCCCUUUCUCAUAAAAGUCUCAAGUAUUUCGAAGUGCGCAAAACUAAAAACAGCUUCACAAAUCAAUUAUAAAUAAAUAUUUAUACAUAUGUACCAAGGUAUUUGUGUAGUUCCAUUUUAGCCAAUUAUUUAAACCGUAAAAAAGCGUCUCUGUACUUGUAUUGAAUUUGUUAAUCGACAAAAACGGCUAGCACCGAUUUAGUUUCGGUACGCAUUGCUUUGCUGUGAUUUUGACCUUAUAUCCGCAAACGUUUGCCUAAUGCAGAGUAUGACUAAGCGCUAUGUAUUUAUGUAAAACUGCCAUUGUUUGUUUGUUUUUUUGGGCACAACUUUUGUUUUUUUUUAGAGUUUCACCACAUAUAUUAAAAUCAAUGCGAUAAUCAAAGGAAAUCGUUUUUAAACAUUUAUAAACUGGAAUCCAGAAACUAAAAACACAUCCACACAAACAAUCUGCUAAAAAAGAUCGGUGUAUUUUACUAGUUAAGGGCAAUUGAUUGAAACAUAUAUAUAUUUAUACGUGGACACCCUAAUUGUAAUUGAACCGAGCAUUUGUAUACGCUCUAAAAAGAUAAAUAUAUACACACAUCCGCAAUCUGAAAAAUGUGCAACCCAA